AUGACAGUGUUGGAGACCUUGGAACAUGUGAAGAUUACCUUUUUGCCACUGUGUCUGGAAUUGUCUCUGUUGUUCUUUGGAUGUCCACCAAUUGGGAGAUCCCAAAAUCACAGUCCCCCUGAAGUAGUGAUACCCUUGAGAAUCACAGGCACUUAUAGAAGUACCGAAGAUCCAAGCUGGAUCUCUUACAGCCUGCACUUUGGGGGCCAAAGACACAUUGUCCACAUGAAGGCCAAGAAGAAAUUGGUAUCCAGAUCUCUCACUGUGUUCACCUACACUGACCAGGGUGCGCUUCUCGAAGACCAGCCUUUUGUCCAGAAUGACUGCUAUUACCAUGGUUAUGUGGAAGGGGAUCCAAACUCCAUGGUUACUCUUACUACUUGUUUAGGAAACAUUCAAGGAAUGCUGCAGACAAAUGGAAUCACUUAUGAAAUCAAGCCCAAAGUGGUUUCUGCCACAUUUGAACAUCUAGUUUAUAAGAUGGAUAUGGAGGACACAGAGUAUACACCCACAGGGUGUAGACUAACCAAAGAAGAAAUUGCAGAACAACUGAAGUUUCAAGAGAAUGACAAUUCCACUCUGAUGCAAAGUUCUUAUAUAGGAUGGUUGCUACACCAAUGGUUUCUUGAAUUAGCAAUUGUGGUAGAUCAUGGAAGAUUCAUUUUCAGGAAUAGUAAUUCAUCAAUUGUGGAGAUGGAUGUAGUCAUGGGAGUCAAUUUAGUAGAUGAUAUUUAUCGCUCAAUUAAUCUUGAUGUGGUUCUAAUUGCAAUAGAAAUUUGGAAUGCAGGAAACCCCUAUAAAGUAACUACCACACACCAUAUGAUGGAAAAUUUCUGCAAAUGGAAGCAAUUCAGCUUCAAUAAACGUGUGGUUCAUGAUUCCGCACAUAUUAUUGUGAAGCAGGAUUUUUGUGUUAAUGAUCUUACUGCAUCAUAUUUUUCAGGGGUGUGUAAUAUUAAUUUGAAUUGUGGUUUAGAGUGCAUUAUGGAUGAUAGACUGGCUUCAUUUAGGACAUAUAUGACACAUGAGAUUGGUCAUGUGCUGGGCAUGAUGAAUGAUGAAGGUAACUAUUGUACAUGUGGGAGAAAUAUAUGCAUAAUGAACAAAAAGCUAUCACCCUCAGAUGCAUUCAGCAACUGUAGUUAUGAACAAUUUUUAGAGACUACUUUUAGAAAAACUUGUUUACACAACUUCCCAAAUCCAGAGACUAUUAUUACAAAGAAACGCUGUGGAAAUGGAGUGAUUGAAGAUGAAGAGGAAUGUGAUUGUGGUUCCUUAAAAUUGUGUGCCCAGGAUGUAUGUUGUUUAGAAAACUGCACUCUGGUAUCUGGGGCAGCAUGUGCUGCAGGAGAGUGUUGCCAAAACUGCAAAUUUAUGCCAUCAGGCACAGUGUGUAGGGAACGUAACAAUCCAUGUGAUCUCCCAGAGUGGUGCAAUGGAACCUCUGGUGCAUGCCCAGAAGAUGUGUAUGUGGAGGAUGGGGUCUACUGUCAGGGCAGGAGUGUUUGCUUUCAAAAGAGAUGUAAUAGUCGUGAUGAACAGUGCAGACAACUUUUUGGUGAAGGAGCCAAGAAUGCAAAUAAGAAUUGCUACCUAGCAAUGAACAGCAGAGGAGAUCGCUUUGGUCACUGUGGUAUGAAAAAUACUAAGUACAUACGAUGUAAUAAGCAAGAUGCUCUGUGUGGGAGAGUGCAAUGUGAGAAUGUGACAGAAGUUCCUCGUUUGCACAACCAUUCUACAGUGCAUUCGACUCACAUCAAUGGCUUUAGCUGCUGGAGUACUGACUACCAUUUUGGGAUGAGUGUACCUGAUAUUGGUGAUGUGAAGGAUGGCACAGAAUGUGGUUCAGACUUUUUGUGCUUAGAAAGCAAAUGUGUCUUUAUGCCACCCUGGGAGGAACUUUGUAUGCCUACGUUCUGCAAUAAGAGAGGCAUAUGCAACAAUAAACAUCACUGUCACUGCAACGAACAUUGGGCCCCACCCAACUGCCUGAACAAGGGCUUUGGAGGCAGUAUUGAUAGUGGGCCCCCUCCCAAAAGACUAACGCAGCAUGCGAUUUUCAUCAUAGCAAUUGUUUGGAUUGCUAUUUUUAGUUCAUGUGCCUUCUUUUUACUUUGUCUUUUGUAUUUAGAGAACAAAAAAUAUGAGCAAAGAAGGAAGCAUUUAGCAGCUUUAUCUGGGAAAAUAAAACAUAAUGUUGAGAAGCCAUACAAGAAAGAAGAGAAAAUUACUGGGACAGAACUUAAGGAGCAAAAGCAAAAUGUUGAGAAGUUAUCUGAGGAGGAAGAAGAGAAAGAUGUCAAAACUGAGGAAAAAGCAGAAGGUCCAAAUGCUCUACAAUAG